CCUUCUGAUGAACAGCCCUCUCCUUCCACAGAGCCCAAGAUGAAGCCCACGACUGUGGAGAUCCUGCUGCUCCUGCUGACCGCCUUCCCUCUCCUGGAGGCAAACGAUCCUACAGAUAAGGACAGUCCUUUCUAUUAUGACUAUCAUUCACUUCGUGUCAGCGGCAUGAUCUGUGCUGGCAUCCUCUGUUUUGUCGGAAUUGCUAUCCUGAUCAGUGGAAAAUGCAAAUGCAAAAAGAAAACCAGUGUCCAGGCCUUGGUUCCUGUAAAGACUAACCUUUCAGAUACAGAGUGCUGAGUCAAGAAAAUGGCCACUUCCCCCAAGAAACUAAUUCUGCCUCUUGUCCGUCUCCUUGAAAUGGCUCCUUGAACUGGCAGCGACAGGCUGGUCCUUUUGAUGUUCUUCUGGGCUCUCGCAUC